AUGGUUCGGCUGAGGAGCGGGAGAAGGUCGGGAAUAGAGUUCGAUGCAGCUACAGAGUUUCCAAUGUUCACAGUGAAAAUGGCCGACUUUCUGGCAAUGGAGACCCUGAAGUCCCACGAAGAGAUGCUGAAAGCGGAUGGUCUUUCGAUUUUUGAUGAGACCAUGGGCCGGGCCUUCUUUGUGUCGCACCAGUGGCUCGGCAGCCUGCAUCCUGACCCCCACUACCAGCAGCUGCAAGUGCUGCAAGAGGCCAGUCUUCCCAUUGCGGAAGAGAUUUUCUUUGGCCGGAGGCCUGGUCCCACAGUGGCAGAUUUCGAGUCGAAGCCUCUCUAUGUGUGGUACGAUUAUCUAAGCUGCCCACAGGCUAGCUCGGCUCAGGCGAAGCGACAACUUGCAAUAGAGGGCAUCCCCUCCUAUGUUGCCAAGUGCGAGUACUUCGUCAUUCUGUGCCCUGCCCUGGAGCAUGCAGACCAGAGGAAGAUGCUCUCCUUGCAGACUUGGCGAGAGCGAGGAUGGUGCCGAGCCGAGAGGGUGGCACGAGAGCUGGCGGCAAGGAAUGAUGGCUACACCAUCGCUGUUGAAAGCGCCAGACAUGUGAAGAUGAUCUUCGAUGUUCAAAAUGCACAAGGGGCCCCUGGGAACGGAGAGUUUACUUGUGAAGCUGACAGGACCAAGAUUGGGCGUAUGAUGGUGCAGAUGGUUUGGAACAAGUUGGGAUACUAUUUGGAGAAGGAGGACUUGCACAACUAUCGGCUUCUGUUGAAUGAACAAAAGGCGUUUUUCCUGCAGGGCCUAGACGUAGAACCCGUGGAUGGCCUGGUUCCCGGCUUUUCCGGUGCCAUGGAUCCGUUCCAACAUCCAGGCGAUUUCGUGCUAGCGAGGUUCCUGCAUCAGAAUGGCUUUCACAGCAGUUUGGAGCGUGACACUGCUGGCUGGUCUCCUAUUUGCUUUGCAGUUGUGAACGGCAGUUCGGAGUUAGUGCAAGGAUUGCUUCAGAGUCAAGCUGAUCCCAAUGACUACAUCACCAAAGAGAAGAAGUCCAGAAAUUUGCCCAAGCGCUUUUCCUUGCUCUCCUUGGCUUCGCUGUACCACAGCAACGAUGUCUUGAAGCUGCUCCUGUCAGCCCGGGCAAACGUGAAUGCCUGUGACACUACGAUUGCGACUGCUCUGCAUGGAGCAUGUGCCGCCAACAACGCAGCUGGAGUCCGCAUUUUGUUCGAAGCAAUGGCCGACUCUUCUCGGCGCUGCUUUCCAGGGAUGACUCCCCUUCAGGUGGCUUGUGCCUGCGCCUCCGCUGACGCAAUGAAGGAGCUGCUUGCAUUGGUUCCCUCAACGAGUCUGCAGCAUUGCUUGCACUUCGCUCUGAUGUUUCAGGGUGGCUAUGCCGAAACGAUCACCUGUUUGAUUCAAGCAAAAGCAGAUGUGGACGAGCAGUUCCAACUGAGCAUGAUGAAGGACACUGCCUGGUGGCUCGUCCUCAUACUCGCAGGCCUGCGACACAGGAUAAGCCCUUCGCGUCUCACAUUAUUGGCCUAUCACCAUUCGGGGGCAACUCCCCUCAUGUUCAGCAUUCUGAGUGGAUACUUCGAAGCAACAUCCAUCUUGAUUGCUGCAGGAGCACGGCUAGAUUUCCGUAAUUCCCGCGGACAGACAGCCGCAGACCUCGCACGUGGCAUUCGCGCGCCAGCUUCGUUGAGUCAAAUUCUCGAAUCUGCGGAAUCGCAUCCGCAAGGACCUCUCGAAGACAAGUCUGAUGUUGAUCAGGCGGCAGCUUCGUUAUGCAAGAAGACAGCCUGGCCAUUCGCUGAUCCUCGUCGCUUGGUGUGUAUGUCCAACGUCGAUGGCGCAUCACUUUCCGAGGCACACCCCCUGUACAAUAACCAGCAUUUGUUGGAACACGAUUGGGGCGUCGUGACUACGGCCUUCUUGCAGAAGUUCCCGGACCCCAACCUGAAAUAUGUCAAAUCUGUUGAGACCGUCAACAGCAAAAUCUGUGUUGAAGAGCAGACGAUGGACAUACGAAGGUUAUUCUACUGCAUGUACCGUACUCCAAAGUUUGCUGAAAAGCGCCUUGGAUCCCGAGCGACGGUGGUUUGUGUAGAAGAGGCACAUUGGGAUCUGGGAAGGCGUCGCCUCACGGUUCAUGGCAGGAACCAGACCGGUCAGAGCCUGCUCAGAAUCGACGAGGUUUGCUGUUACACCGAGGCAGGAGACGUGUUGCCGUCAACAUGCCCAACCUUGGCCCCAAAUAACCUACCUUUUCAAGGACAUAGAGAAGGAAAUCAUAAUGGGAACCCUAAAAAGGAAGGUCCUAUAGGGUUCAGGAAGUCACUUAAAACAACACGCAAAAAAUGCGCAGGCACUCAAUCAUUGCGCGACUCGCCCCACGCCUCAAGGUGGAACCUGGGCGGACCCUGUACACACAAUCGGCGACAGUGA